AUGGAGGAGCGUUCAAGUCAGGUGUUGAACCCGGAGCGACUGAAGGCGCUGGAGAUGUGGCUGCAGGAGACUGACGUCAAACUGACACAGGUCAAUGGCCAGAGGAAAUAUGGAGGUCCACCUGAUGACUGGCUUGGCGCCCCCCCUGGGCCGGGCUGUGAGGUGUUCAUAAGCCAGAUCCCGCGGGAUGUCUUUGAGGACCAGCUGAUUCCGCUGUUCCGUGCCGUGGGCCCUCUCUGGGAGUUCCGCCUCAUGAUGAACUUCAGCGGACAGAACCGUGGCUUUGCCUACGCCAAGUACGACAGCCCUGCCUCGGCCGCUGCCGCCAUCCGCUCGUUGCAUGGCCGUGCCCUGGGGUCAGGGGCACGCCUCAGUGUACGGCGCAGCACGGAGAAGCGUCAGCUCUGUCUUGGGGAGCUGCCCACCAGCACAAGGAGGGAGCAACUGCUGCAGGUGCUGCUGGACUUCUCUGAGGGGGUAGAGGGUGUGUCCCUGAGAGCAGGGCCUGGGGAACAGGGGAUGUCUGCAGUGGUGGUCUAUGCCUCCCACCAUGCAGCUUCCAUGGCCAAGAAGGUGCUGAUUGAAGCCUUUAAGAAACGCUUCGGGCUGGCCAUCACUUUGAAGUGGCAGUCCUCUUCUAGGCCCAAGCAUGAAGAGCCUCCCAGACCCUCCAAAACCCCUCCUUCCUCUCCUCCCAAACCUCCCCGCCGCUCCCUCGACAGCCCCCGGCCUCCCCUGCGCCUCGCCCAGCGUCAGCUCCCUGCCUUCUCCCGGGCUGUGAGGGCGCCCUCUCCCAUGGUGCACGCUGCUCCUGAAUCCUCCAGGGGGGCGACCAUGGUGCCUCCUGUGGAUGCAGCAGCCCUGCUCCAGGGUGUGUGUGAGGUGUACGGGCAGGGGAAGCCCCUCUAUGACCUGCAGUACCACAACAUGGGGCCUGACGGGUUCCUGUGCUUCAGCUACCGGGUGUAUGUGCCGGGGCUGGCCGCACCCUUCACUGGGAUGGUGCAGACUCUGCCCGGCCCCACCCCUGGAGCCACACAGGAAGAGGCUCGCAGAGCUACAGCCCAGCAGGUCCUCAGCGCUCUGUACAGGGCCUGAUAGUGUUGAAGCACAGAUCCCCUACUUUGUUUUAAUUAUGAAAAUAAUUAAUGUUUUGCACUUUUAUAUUUAGUAAGUAGAUGCAUGAUUUUACUUUUAUUUUGAACCACUUUUGCAUGUUUCUGCACCAUUUAAUUGUUUCUCAUAAUAAAAUGAGAUUUGUCAAA